AUCUAUUAAUGAUAAUUUUGUAAUUUUUACUACUAAAAUAAAAUUUGCUAAUAAUUGAAUGAUUAAUCAAUUAGUUUACCCAAAAACAUUUGAGGAAUAAUGACUUAAUAGGCAAAUUUCGCGCAAAAAAUAAUCCUCGAUCCAUAUUGAGAAAACCCUAGCUGGCUUUUCCUUAAAAAAGAGAAUUUUCUCUUAGAGAUCUACAAUUGUUCUUUUCCUCUCGGCGAAAACUGUGAAAUCUAUUGGAAAGCUUAUCAAUUUUGUGUUGCAGAUACAUAGAGGGAUCGACUGUCAACAAGUUAAGAAUGGGAAUUGAAACGGAAGAGGUGGAGAAGACGCGAACCAGGAAAAGGCCUCGUCUUGGGUGGGACGUGGCACCGUCUGGGCUAGAGGUUGGUUCCUCAUAUAUAAAAAGAAAGGGUUAAGGUGUCUUAGGGCACAGCUGGAGCAGAAAGGAGAGAAUUAUCCUAAAGGGGCUAUAGUUGUUUACUUGGUGUGUGAAUACAAAUCUGACCUUUUUGGGGUUGGGAAUUGGUUUGUAGGCGCAUCAAACUCUGGCGAAGGCUCGGCGUUCGUCGCCGCCCAAGAGGGGUGAUGACCACGAUGGCCAUUAUGUUUUCAAUCUCGGCGAAAAUCUCACUCCAAGAUAUAAAAUACUUAGUAAGAUGGGUGAAGGCACGUUUGGCCGAGUUUUGGAAUGUUGGGACCGUCAAACACGAGAGUAUGUUGCUAUUAAGAUAGUUAGAAGCAUUCGCAAAUACCAUGAUGCUGCUAUGAUUGAAAUCGAUAUACUUCAGCAUCUGGCAAAGAAUGAAAAGGGCACCUCAGGCUGUGUGCAGAUUCGGAAUUGGUUUGAUUUCCGCAAUCACAUUUGUAUAGUGUUUGAGAAGCUUGGACCAAGUUUAUUUGAUUUUCUAAAGAGAAAUAAAUACUCCCCAUUUCCUGUGGGUCUUGUUCGCGAAUUUGGACAUCAGCUUUUGGAAUCUGUAGCAUAUAUGCAUGAUUUACACUUAAUCCAUACUGACCUGAAGCCUGAAAAUAUUCUUCUUGUUUCUUCUGAAUAUGUAAAGCUUCCUGGCUGCAAGAGUUCUUCAGAUGAAACGCAUUUAUGGUGCUUGCCAAAGUCAAGUGCCAUUAAGCUGAUUGAUUUUGGUAGCACUGCAUUCGAUAAUCAGAAUCACAGCUCCAUUGUUUCCACAAGGCAUUACAGAGCCCCUGAGAUUAUUCUAGGUCUAGGUUGGAGUUAUCCUUGUGAUCUUUGGAGUGUUGGUUGUAUACUUAUUGAACUAUGCACAGGUGGAGCAUUAUUUCAGACCCAUGAGAACUUGGAGCAUUUGGCAAUGAUGGAGAGGGUAUUAGGACCUCUUCCUGAGCAUAUGAUUCGAAGGGCUAGCCGAGGUUCAGAAAAAUAUUUCCGGAGCGGCUCUAGACUAAAUUGGCCUGAAGGAGCAGUUUCUAGGGAGAGUAUUAGAGCUGUUAAGAAGCUUGAUCGCCUGAAGAAUAUGGUAUCACAACAUGUAGAGAGUUCGAGAUAUUUUCUUGCAGACCUAUUGGAAGGUUUAUUAAAAUACGAUCCAUCUGAACGUCUCACUGCACGUCAAGCUCUAAAUCAUCCCUUUUUCUCAGAAUCCAAAUAAACAGUAAAUUAAUAGUGCUCGAAAUGGCAGAUGAAUGGUAAAGGCCAGCUACCAAAUUUGAGGUUUCCAUGUUCGUAUAUUAAUGUUGAUUCAUAGAAAAGCUCGAAGAACAUGCUGGAUCCAUGUUGCGGAAGAAAAUCGAUGGCCGGUGUUUUGAAGAGAGGUUUCUUGGAGACAAAAGUGAUGGUAUUGGGGUAUAAAGCAGUAAACAUAGUUUGUAAUAAGCUUUUGCUUCAAUCACUUGUCAUCCUCUGGGUAAUGUUACAUAAAUCGUAUACCAUAUGGCUUCAGAGCAUAGGCUGAAAA